CAAGCCUCAUGCCCGCGAAUACCUACAUUUUUCUACCUUCUACGCCGCUGACGCCGUUUUUCGUCGUGUUGCUGAACGUGCAGAACAUUGCUGACGACCUUCAGUUGGAGCUGGACCCGGACAGCAUCUUCUACAAGCUCGGCAGUCACGGACUGAUCUCUUCUCGGAUUACUUCAUUCACAAUCAUGUCGACCUCCAGCCGGCAGUUUGAGAUAGCGUUCCAGAUGUUUGACUUUAACGGAGACGGAGAUGUCGAUAGUGAGGAAUUCGAGAAGGUCUCCGCUCUGAUCAGACAGCAGACCUCUGUGGGCGCCCGUCACAGGGACCACAAUACCACCGGGAGCACCUUCAGGGGCAUCAACUCAGCUCUGUCUACCUACUUCUUCGGCCCGAAGCUGGACAAGAAGCUGACUAUUGAGAAGUUCCUCGACUUCCAGAGCCAGCUACAGAGAGAGAUACUCUGUCUGGAGUUCCGCCGGAAGCAGCCGAACGAGGAGGGGCGUCUCCGAGAGGUGGAUUUUGCCGACCUUCUGCUCGCCUUCGGGGGAUACCCGCCCAACAGAAAACUCAAGAUGCUGCGGAGAGUCAAAAGGAAAUUUAAGGAGAGUGCGGUGGGCGUCACUGAGAACGACUACCUCAACUUCUACAAGCUACUUAACAGUAUCUGUGAUGUCGACACGGCCCUGACCUUCUACCAUAUCGCGGGAGCGUCCAUAGAUCCAGCGACGCUGAAACACGUGGCGCGCACGGUGGCACGUGUUGAGCUCUCCGACCACGUGGUGGAUAUCGUAUUCACUCUGUUCGACGACAACAAUGACGGCCAGCUUAGUAACCGUGAGUUCGUAGCCGUCAUGAAGGCACGAGCUAACCGAGGUCUCGAGAAACCCAAGGACACCAACUUUGUCAGACUUCUGCGGAGCAUCACAAAGUGUAUUGGUGAGACGAAGCCGCAGGUGCUGAGCUUCUGAAGGUAUCCGCAGAGCGGCGCCACCAGCGCGGGCGAGUCCAUUCUGCGCAGUGAGAGGGGAGGUAUGUUCUGUUGAGUGAGGUGGCUAGAGACGAUGGGUUGUGCGAAAGACGUGGAUCGAUAUGACGUUGGAGGACGUGUCUUUAGUCAGGAUGUAUUUGUACUGGUUGUCAUUGGGGUUUGACGAUAAAGCUGGAAGUUAGACUUAUCCCGAUUCCAACAAGCAUUAUAUUAGUGCCAAUACGACCGUAACCCAGUCAGUCAAUGUCAAGUGGCAGUAACUAUGACAGCCGUUUCCUUGAAGGCUGGCCAUGGUUAGGCAUCGACUGGUUGACUGAUAACUGGAUGCUUGAUGGCGGGAUGUUGGUUGCUGGGGUUGAUCGGGGUACAGCUUUGAGUCAAUGGAGUCAGGUUAUUAGAGUACCGUACAGUCACCCGUGUAACCGAGUAACAUCAAACUCAGUCAGCCAGUUAGCUACCAGUCAGGCUAAGACGUCAGCUUAGAUUUAUACACUUGGCUCUCUACAGAGCCGGGUGUGCCCUUGGGUGUGCCUCCAAUCGGUAGUAACACACCCAACACUGUCUGGGAGGCCCUCAACGGCCUACCUUCGCAGCCCUUUCGGCUAGGAACUGACGAGCAUGGAACCCGUAGGGGUGUGGUACAAGUGUAUCACAAUGUCGGUGUGAUUGUAUGAGUGAUUACUCUGUGUUGUUCGUGACUCGUGAGAGCACAUUCAGCGAUGUUUUCAAUGGUGCUUGUUGGUACGACUGUAUGGUGUGUGAGAGAUGACAUUUCCUCUGUUGUUAGUGACCAAAUCAGAGUGUCUGGUAAACUUUGUAAGUAGUAUGUCCGGUCUAGGUCAGUCAGUAGUCACAGUUAUUGCUAUGAUAGGUCAGUGUGUUGUGUCGUUGUUCGUGGAAAACUAUUGAGUCAAUGCUACGGUUGUUACCGGUGCCUCGAAUGAGGCUACAGCCUACACUUCGCACUAAACCUUUAUCGGCCGUAACCUGUACCAAUGUCUUGUUGCCGGCGAAUCAAACACUUUACCCAAGGUAUUGGCUGAAAAGAAAACAUUUUUGCGAUGUUAGGUGACACUAAAGAUAUUCCAAAUUGAUUAUCGCUUAUUUUUGUGGGUUUUCAGAGCCAAUGUUGAUGCUAUUUUCAUGGUAAUUUUGUUAUUAUUUUGAUACGUUUACAGUGGCCCCUCGUUGCUCUCCAAUUGCAAUGUGUAAUUAUUAAACUGGUUGCUGCUGCUGCUCAUGAUGAUGAAUUAUGCAACAUACCACCGCAUUGUUGUCUAUAAAGUUGAAAAUAUGCGGCUCAUUGAUAAGGUUUAACAUCAACGUAUAAUUCUUGUCUGUAUAUUUCUACUGAUUAUCUGAAAUAGGAGUCUCCAGCCCAAGGUCCUAUACAUAGGUCUCAGUAGUACCACUACCGUUCGAAGCGCCAUCCCUUUAGGUUUGCAGAUGUCGCCACCGCUGAUGCUAUGUGCUGUGAGUUCCGCCGUAACUUCUGUGCGUUUGGCUUAUUUACCAAAUGGCACGUGCCACCAGCUUGGUUGUGAGGUUUUUCGACUAGCUUAUGUGUGAAUAUUUUUACUACGUUUGCGACAGUGCAAUUUGGGUUGGUACAACUCCACUCGUGUUGGUUUUGCUCCAAUAGUGCCCCGGACCUUGAGUUACAAUUGACGAUUAUAUGUUACGCCAAUUGUUCAGUUGACGAUCAAAAUUAUGCAUGAAAUUAGCUUGCUGAUUGAUGUCCAUGUGUUGCGUUUGUUAAUUAUGCCCUUGGAGAGAUCUGGCAAAGGAGGAUGCCAGAUGCUACCUUGGCUUUUCCGACGGGCGCUGUCUCGGCCAAUCUUGGCUAAUCGGGCACAGGUUGAUGCCAGAUGAGUUACCAGUGUGUAUCGAAGAUAAUACAAUUUUUGGAAAUG